CUGAGUUCCAGCCACUCAUCUCUACCCAGGUUCUCUCCAAGUCACUUUCAUCAGACUGGAUUUCUCAAGCGACCUUCCCUUUUUCCACACUCCUGAAAUUUCCAAGGACCCUUUGCUCAGAGGUAUCAUAGCCCUGGACAUUUAAAAUGAAGAGGAAACACACUAUUGUUGAUUGUCUGGCCUGGACACUUAUUUUAAACACAUUGACUGAAAUAAGCUGUGGACAGAGCACAGAGGAUGAGAUUAGAGACAAUACCACAGUGUUCACAAGAAUUCUGGAUCGUCUCCUCGAUGGAUAUGAUAACCGUUUAAGACCUGGAUUGGGAGAACGCGUUACUGAAGUAAACACAGACAUCUUUGUCACAAGUUUUGGCCCUGUUUCUGAUCAUGAUAUGGAAUACACAAUUGAUGUGUUUUUUCGACAAGGCUGGAGAGAUGAGAGACUAAAAUUCAAGGGACCCAUGACUGUUCUCCGUCUAAAUAAUUUAAUGGCCAGUAAAAUAUGGACACCGGAUACAUUUUUUCAUAAUGGAAAAAAGUCUGUGGCUCAUAAUAUGACUAUGCCAAAUAAACUGUUAAGAAUCACUGAGGAUGGAACACUUCUUUAUACAAUGAGAUUGACAGUAAGGGCUGAGUGUCCCAUGCAUUUAGAAGAUUUUCCCAUGGAUGCACAUGCCUGUCCUUUAAAGUUUGGAAGCUAUGCCUACACCAGAGCUGAAGUGUCAUAUACAUGGACAAGGGAGCCAGCCCUGUCUGUAGUUGUUGCUGAAGACGGUUCACGGUUGAAUCAAUAUGAUCUUCUGGGUCAAACUGUUGCAUCAGGAGUUGUUCAUUCCAGUACAGGUGAAUACAUUGUGAUGACAACCCACUUCCAUUUGAAGAGAAAGAUUGGUUACUUUGUUAUUCAAACCUACCUGCCAUGUAUUAUGACAGUAAUUUUGUCUCAAGUCUCCUUUUGGUUAAACCGAGAGUCUGUUCCUGCAAGGACGGUGUUCGGUGUGACAACGGUGCUUACCAUGACAACUUUAAGUAUCAGUGCCCGAAAUUCUCUUCCAAAAGUUGCUUAUGCAACAGCUAUGGACUGGUUCAUUGCAGUGUGCUAUGCAUUUGUCUUCUCUGCGUUGAUUGAGUUUGCAACUGUAAACUAUUUUACAAAAAGAGGUUAUGCAUGGGAUGGAAAAAGUGUAGUUCCAGAAAAGCCGAAAAAGGUAAAGGAUCCUCUUAUAAAGAAGAACAACACGUAUGCUUCAGCAACAGCAAACUACCCUCCUAUUGCUCGUGACCCUGGUCUGGCAACCAUUGCUAAAAGUGCAACAUUAGAGCCAAAAGAUAUUGAACCAAAACCAAAGCCUGCAGAACCCAAGAAAACUUUCAACAGUGUCAGCAAAAUUGACCGGUUAUCAAGAAUAGCAUUUCCACUUCUAUUUGGAAUCUUUAAUUUAGUCUACUGGGCAACAUAUCUUAAUCGGGAGCCAGCUAUUAAAGCACCAACUCCACCUCAAUAACCUCUCAACUCGUAUGUUCAUGUUCUGUCUUUUGCACUGGGAAUUGCUUCCAGUCUCUAAAAUGGAACAAUUCCCAUUUGCCAUAUUGCCUCUGUCUUAAGGAAACUAAAGGUUUGCUUAUGAAAUAUAGUACAAAAGAGGAAAUCUACUGUAUGCUUGGUGCCAUGAUUCAGAUGUGGUGUGUAUACAGUACAGAAGGCAUUUGAAAAUUCUUAUUAUUAGACUGAUACUAAAGACUAGGUCUCAAGAUAGAGUAUAUCAGUUAGCAUGUUGGUGAAGUACCUAGCAGUUAGAAAUGUGUCCAGUACACCAUGUUAUCAGUUUAUAGUUUACAUGGAAAUGUGUAAAAUCUUUUACAUAUAAACAUACAGAUUCUGUUGUUAGUAAUGCAGUACUGUAUUGUUUUGGAAAAAGAUAAUUAGAUUUAAACAUACCUACAUAGACUCCAGCUAUGUCAUGGUGUUCAUUCCAGAAUAUUUAAAGAAAAGUGAUCUUAUUAAAAGCAACACAUUUUCUACUUUAAGAAUGUGAUUACUAUAUAAAUGUAGGUGCGUGUGUGUGUGUGUGUAUAUAUAUAUAUAUAUAUAUACACAUACAUACACAUACAUAUACACGCACACACACACACAAAUGUUUACAUCUCAUCAAAAACAGGGACAUUGAGAUCACUGCACAGUUAAUUAACAAAUCUACUUCUGAAAACAAAACAUAUCCUGAAAGCAAUUAUAAAUGUACUCAGCAUUACAACUGUUAAGAGAUGCUUAUUGUCACUCAUUUUUUUCCACUAACAGAAAUUGCCCGUAUUGAACAUUGACUUUGAUUAAAGUAAAGUGAUUGGAAGGCAUUUUUUGUAGAUGUCUCCUGCUAUACUCUACCAAGGCAAUACACAUAUCAGUAAACAAAAUCAUAGAGCUAAACCCACUUUCUGAAUGCUGUAUAUUGUUGGUGCAUCAAUGCAAUGUAUGCUAUAAAUAAACACACACCAGUAUUUACUUAUUUGUUGCUGAAAAAGGAAAUGGUUGUGCAAAGUACUAUACCUACUUUCCAGCCAUUUUAUAAGUGUUAUCAUAUGAUUACAACUGUGGGUAUAUAUUUUAAAGGGAAAAACAACAUAUUACAAGCUGCUUCAACCAUAUAUUGACUCUAUAUUGCACAAAACUAUUAUGUUUAUUAUAAUGCAUUUAGUCUGAGUUUGUUAUAUAACAUAUAUUUUGUAGAAUAAACUUUUACAGUAGGUAAUUUGCAUUCGGCUUAACCUAUUCUUGCAGAAUUCACUUUCUGAAUUAAA